AUGCCCUGGAAGCAUGGAACUGAAUGCUGCGAGCACAUCUUUGGAUGGAUGCGGGUGAUUUCACCAACUUUCACCCUAUUGGAUGCAAGGCAGAUGAUGCCAAAAAUAUUUGCUGUUAUCAAGAGUGUCAUGAGCGGGCACAUUGUAAUACCUAAUAGUGAGAAUUUACAUGCAGGCAAUGAUAACAAAAUCCGUGACCUACUCAAAAUAGCAGAAUCUUCAGCGCAAGCACUUGCAACUUUUGCUGGAAUAGGCGACGGUUUGUCUCAGCCACUCCAAGAAUUGGUGUCCGAUCAGGCACUUGGAGAACAUGAGGAUGCAUCUGUGUCGAUACACAAGCGCUCAAACUUCGACUAUCCUUUUGACACAUCAACGAUGAGCGUUGAGCAGGCAUUGGAAACUGCCGCAGGACUGACAAGCGACCAUCAGGAAGCUGAUGUGGCGAUGUCUCAUUUAACAGAAGACCUGGAAGAUCUAGCACUCGAAGCACCUAUCAAUCUUAUUGCUGAGCAGCCAGAUCCCAAUCAGCUACAAGAUCCGAAUUUAAACUCAUCAAGUCUCUCAAAACCUUUGGUGACAUCAGACGGAGAUUUGGAUACAGCUCGUAUGGCAUCUGAAAGACACGCUCACGACAGUCAAGUCGGUAAUCAUCACGGGCCAGAGCGACCACGUGUUGUAUCAAAAGAUCUGCCCACUCCUCAAUACGACCCAGACACCGGCCAUCAGACGCUUUCGCCAAGCCAGUAUAGUAAAGCCAUUUUGUUUUACUGGCGAUCACAGGACGAUCCAGAAUACGGUGAAGCCUGUCAACACCGCUGGAAGACUCUGGGAAAACGCAAGCUUUGCAAGCCUACCGACAUGCAGUUAGACACUUUAGUAAACCCAGAUGAUCUCGACACACAAUUUGAAUGUGUAAAAGGACCAGGCCAGAUUGGUGUAGAACAGCAAGAUCAAAAGCUCGGAGCCGGUGCGAUCACAGCCAAAACACCAAUCACAAAUAACAAAUGGGUUGUUGUGAUCAAACACGGCUACUUCUACCUAGGACGUGUUCUUGCGAUCUUUGAACAUCACUCAGGCAAGCACGCAUGGGUUCCCGAGUCUUCAUCGCGCGCCAAGCUCUCCUACGUCUCGCUGGAGAUUUACCGAUACAGCCCUGGUCAAACAACAAUUCACGCUGCUCAUCAGCAAGAUUUGCCAAAUGAAUGGACUUUCAGUCAUCUGGCUGCAAAGUUCAUUGUGUACCUCUACAGUCCGCAAGGUGACGACCCAGAUUUUACUAACCUUGGACCAGGUCAUUAUCGAGUCCCGGAUGUACUUGUAAACUUCAUAUCUACUGCUCCUGCGUGGCAGAGUCUCUUCCUGCCCAAAAAGACUAAAAAGGUGUAUCAGAAGCUAGCAAAGAAAGCUUCAGAAAAACCUUGUGAUUGA